CUGCAGCUCUAAAUGAUUUCUGCAACUUUUCCACUAUUUCUUUGACAGUUGACUAAAAAGGUGAGCACAACUAACUAAGUGUUAAAGCGCAAGAUGCAUUUUUAGGCGUCUGCUGUUGUGAGGUAGAGAGCAGUGUGGACGAUCACCGUGUCCACGAACUUUGCACAUGUCCCGGGCACGUGAGGCUCAACUCGAUGUUAAUCGACUGUGAAGUGAAUCGUGAAGACGCAUUUCCAUUCCAGUUUUAUUUUGUCUGCAGACUUUGCCCGGAAAAGUUGAAAAGUGAAAACACUGGGAAUAGUCAUGAAGUAAACAUAUUUGCUCUGUUCGUCAGCUGUGCGUGUGUCGCUUUGCAGAAAUAAGUGGCAGCUGCCGGUGAUAAGGUUAUUUACAUUCCACGAGUUUCGUUUAAAUACCUUCGAAAAUUGAAAGUGCAGAAAAAAGCGACUUAUUUUCUUGUAAUUAAGCAAUCGGUUUUUAAAUGCCAGACGUUAUCCAAAAUGUUCAACUCUCAGGAGUAGUUGCAUAAUAAACUCGUGUCUAGCUCAUGCCGUAAAAUUAUCAGCGGAGCGCACAAUCAUAUUGCAACAGAUGUCAAAGAUCACGGUUGUAAAUAAUAUGUACAUAAUGUGUUUUUGUGUGGCCCUUAGUAACUAAAGAUUGUUUUCCUUUGAUUUCUCCCCGUGAAACUUUCUUUUGUACGUGUAACAGGCGUAUGGUAUAAAAAUGCAGUGGGUCAGGGAUUUGCAAGAUUUCUACAAAUGGGCCGAUUCUGUGAGUGGUGAGUGAGUUUGUAAAGAAUGAAGAAUAAUUUAAUUUAAUUUAAUUUAUUUGCUAGAUACAACGCCGGAUCGAUUUACGUUCUUUGCAUGGUGACCUCUGAUCGGGUAUCUCUGAUCGGGUAUAACUGAAACAAUACAAAGUAUUAGUGACCAAAUUGUUACAGUUGUGAAACGCAACCCUCUUCAUCAAACAACUUUGAUUAGAGAGAAUUUCAAGAAGUUUAUUUACGUUUUCUGCAGACUGAUACAGACUUACAGUGUAGGUAGAUGUUACAUGUUACAUUGUGUUUUCAAAAUACAAUGAUACAAAUACAGUUUACACAAUGACCUAACUAAAGGGAACAAACUUUAUUGGAAAAACAUGGGAGUAUCUUUAAUAACCUGAUUUGUACCUUAUAAAAUUCUUUCUUGGUAGAGGCCCCAGGAGGGGGAGGGGGGCUGGUACUCAACAAAUAUUAAUACGGGGAGGCACCGCCCCGAGGUCCAACCCCUUACCUUUUAUAUGCCUUUUUUUGCGGUGCCCCUUUUCGUGUAACUUUUAAUUUACAAAUAGUACCCCUUUCUCAUACCUUGCUUAGAACACUUUGCAUCCUUUUAGCUGCUGUAAAUGCACUGUCUUUUAAAUAGGAAUCCAUCACAAAAAUAGAACAUUUUUUCAAUUUUAUAAAGCCAUAAAAAUCGUCUGUUAGCUCUUUAGCCCUUUCACAGACCCAAAUGAUAGAUUUCCCUAUACCUCUUUCAGGUAGCCUGCGUAGCAGGCGUCCCCGUAUACACCAUUAUAGGGAGUAUCCCCUCCCCCGGUAGAGGUAAACCUAACUCAGUCACCUCAACUAUGAUUAUUAGGUGGGUGGGGGGGGGAGGGGAGGGAAGGGGUGAAAGACUUCCAUAUGAGAGGGGUAGGAUGUUUGUCUUUUUAUUUUGGGGGCGAUGGUUGCAGAUUUUGCAAGCAAAGAAACUGGAAAGAAAGAAACCCUCAGUGACAACUUCCUUAUCAGAAUUAAAAUAAAAUUGUGACUUAACGCUCGGACGUACAGUGAGGGUGGGGGGGUGCAUCCCCCCAUAAGGUUUUCCUGAGUUUUUUCCUUGGGGAUAAAACCUCAGCACCUGACGUUUUCAGUAGCUGUUUGUUCAUCCCUCGCACACAUUUUGAGGCAAGUUCAGUGAUGGUCAGUUGCUGUGGUUAUGAGAUAUGACGUCAUAAGUAGCAGGUGGACAAGCCAUUUUUGAGUGAAAGUACUUGUUUUUUCAACUUCUCUCAACAAUAGUGCCACCACCCAUAAAAUAUAUUUGAUCUUGUUAAGAAGAUCAAUGGCUUUCCACUAAAAUUAAAAAAAAAUGUCAAAUUGUUUUGAAAUACUGCAACAUAUCAAAAACUCCAGGGAGGGGUUACAUCCACCCCCCCCCCCUGUCCCACAGUGGGGUAUGAAGUUCCUUGUACCGCCAAGGGUUAAAGCUCUUCUUUGUCCAUAAUAUCACUAAAUAAAGCUUAAGCCACACCCAGAUAAGUCUGUUCUAGGGGUUCAAUUUCAAUUUUUUGAAGAGCAUCUGAACCCCUAAAAAGUCCUAAAUUUCGAAUAAAUAAAUGGCUGAAGAUUGCCAUAAAUUAACUUUUGCUUAUCUUCAGCCAUUUGCUUGAGACUGAAAUGUCAUGUCGAUUUUUUAUUUGCUGAAUGCUGUACUCAGCCAGUAUUUUUUUUUUUUUAACAGAAUGGUUUUGCUAUUUUCUAAGAAAAUGAUAACAAAGGGGUCCUUGAAAACCUUUGACUUUAUCAAAGAAAACUAUGUCCUAGAAAUUUAAGCUCUAAGGAAGAUCUCAAAAUUAAUUAAUUAAUUAAUACUUGACUUUUUUUAUUCCAUCUUGUUUUAGAUCCAAGAACUACAAAAUGGCUAUUUGUCCCAUCCAUCCUCUCACCCAUUUCUUUUGUAGCAAUUUAUUUAUUGUUAGUGUGGAGUCUCCCCAAAGUGAUGAAGAACAAGGAACCAUUUCAACUGACAAACCUACUUGUGCUGUACAAUGCUGCUAUGACACUUUUGAAUUUAUACAUCUUUGUUGAGGUUAGUGAAAAGAAGUUGUUAACCUUUUAAACCUGACACUAUCCCCAGAAGUCUCUAAAAAGUAGUCCUUUUCUUAGUUUACUGAUUUCAUUGUUUGCACAUUAAUAUUAUUCUAUGGCAUUCUGAUUCUGGUCAUUCUGUUCUAACAAUGGGUAUAUUCACCCUGCCUAUCCCUUAGCCUGAGAAAACAGCCAACUUUUUGCAACACUACCACAGAUUUCCCCAUGAAUAUAUAAUUUCCAUACUGAUGAUGUGUCACUUAACCCAGAUCUGGGAAGUGCUUCUGAGUGGUUGAAGUAAAUCUCUUGUGACAUGACCAAUAAAAAGCAUUAGCCAGAUCUGGAUAGUGACACGUCAUCAGUAUGGAAUUUCUGCAAUCAUUCCUCAGACGCCAUUUAGAGCCGGGGGGAAACCAGUGGUAGCAUUGCAAAAUGUUAGCUGCUUUCUCAAGCGACCUUUACAGUCCUCUUAUCUAAUUUUUGCACUAUCUCCUUAUACAGUCUGAAAACUCCUUAAUUUUGCCUUCAGUCUUUGAAUCUUGCCAACAGAGUCGUCAAAUGUCUUAAAUUUUGAAAGGACAUAUCUCUCUCUUUAAAUACUACACUGGUGCCACUGUAAAUUAUUAUUUGUUAUUCUUCAAGUGCAGCUAAUUACUACCGUUAAAUUCAAGGAUUAAGAGUGGACCACAUUCUUAAACUAAGAAUAAAAUUGCUCUACUAAAUUUCUAUUGAGCAAACCAAAGGUUUGUACCUACUCUGCUGUCAAAUUGAAGGGCUGUUUGGAUACAUGUAUGACGUUUACUUAUUGACCUAUGUAGUAUCUCUUUUGACAAAAUCAUGUCAACAGUUGGAUCUGGUCUUUUCUAAACCUGAAGUGUAUUAGCAGAAGGAGUAAUACGAUGAAAAAAAAAAGCAACUUUUCACAGAAGGCCAUGUGCUCAAUAAUAUUCAACUAUAUUUCACAUAAUAAUAUAUGCAACUGAUAAUACGCAUGUGAUGUCACACUACAAAAUCUCCCAAUGUCCUCAAUGUCCUCUUGAUAGUUUUAGUUUUAAAUACCUCUUAGAGCUUACGUGUAGAAUACUUCUUUAGGUUCUUAUUUCGACUACUGCUGCUGGAUAUAGUUAUUCCUGUCAAAACCUGGACAUGAGUAAUAAUCCAAAGGAAUUGAGGGUAAGGGACUUUUUUUGGCUUUGUCUUUAUUUGAACAAAUUUCCUUAAUGACUAAGCUGCAUUUCUAAGGUGUUAGUUGGUAAAAUUGAUAAUCUGCAAAUGUUACAGUGUUGUAACAGGUCUUGACAAACUGCAAGCCAGCGAGCCAUGCAAGUCACGCGAGGCAUCGGUAAAAAAAAAGGAAACACAAGAAAAAACUGCAAAUUUACAGAUGAGGAGUUGACCACUCAUUAUACUGAUUAGGGCUAAGCACUCAUUGUACUCAUUGUACUUUAAUUUCGGAUCAGUGCUCAUUUUCAUGUAUGGGGCACUUAUCAACGUUUAGUGUUCAGUUAAUGUUUUUCAUUACUGUUUUUGAUUUUUUUAUGGUUUUUUUUGAAAUUCUUCAAUGGACUGUAUUAAGCAGUCUGGCUCAAUUUUCCCCAAACCAGUGUUGUACUAAAUUGAUCUCUGUAAAUUUCCCUGAGAAUUAAUGUUGGUUUAUAAGACAUUUACAAUUUACAAUUAGGGUUAAACUUUCAUUUUAUGGAUUAGGGUCAAGCGCUCAUUGUAGGGCUUUAAGGGUUAAGCACUGUUUAGGGUUAAACACUUAUUUACAACGUUUAGUGUUCAGUUAAUGUUUUCCGGAUUACUGUUUUCGAUUUUUGUGGUGUUUUUUUCAAUGAUUCUUUAACGGACUGUAUGGCUCACAUGACUCGCUGGCUCGCAUUUUAUACACACUCUGCUGUAACUGUUGUACUAAUAUAUUACUGAUGGCUCUGUAGUUAUUUUCAUGAGAAUUAAUGUUGGUUUAUAUAACCCUUUUUUAUGCAUGUAAAGCUAAUGCAUGCAUGUAAAACAUUCAAGUGCCUAGCUCCCCUCAAUAACUGAGAGGCUUGGUAGAAAAGGGCAGGCUAUUGUCAAUUUUGCUGCUGGUUUUAGUCCAAGGGCUGUGUUACACUGUACACUGUGAUAUAUUUCCUGAAAACCCUUUUUUCAUCCCUGCUUAUUUCAAAUCCCUUCAAUUUAUGCAAAUGAUAGUUGUUUUCAUAUUAAUAUGUGCUUAUUAUUAUUUAAUCUAAUUUAAUUUAAUUUUUACUUUUUUAGCGUAUUUAUUUAUUUUAUCUAUUAUUAUUUUUUGUUAUUAUUGUCUUUUUUUAACUCCUCUCAUAGAAGUUAAUUGUUAGCGCUUUUGUAAAUUUCUAGAAUAUUAGUUUAGAUAGCUGUUAGUGUACAGGCGAAGAGCCACUUCGUGGAUUGGUGAAAAUUAUCGUCCAGAUCUUCUUUUCCUAAUCCAGUCAAGUGCCUUAAUUUUUUAUGUUUUAGAAUUAACAGUUGGUUUCGAGUCUAACCUUAACAACGAUGCAGUCCGUAAGAAAGAGAAAUAUCUGGACUUGAUCAACAAAAUGAGUAGAAAUUACAGAUGUGUGAGAUUUGUAAAUCUCUCCAUGAGUUCCCUUGGUGUUUUCUCUUAUGAAUGCUCCACGUUCUUAGACAUGAUGAAUGACAUUGGCAUUGACAAAAAGCAGCAACGUUAUAUAAUCAAGAAAAUGAUAAAUAUAGCCAUUAGAGCAACAUAUUACAUCUUUUGUUGUAUAAAUAGGAAUUGGGAUAGCCCAGUCUUAAUGCAAUUUUGAUUUUAUAUAUUAUUAUUAUUAUUAUUUGUGGUCUUGCCAGAUUGCCUCAGUGUUGUGGUGGUUCUAUGCCUCAAAAAUUAUGGAACUUCUAGACACUGUAAGUACACGUGUACAUUGUAUGUCAACGGCUUCUAUUUUCUGUUUUUUGUUGUUGUUGUUGUUUUUUCAGAAAAUUAAUUGUGCAAUCGUUACUUUGUUUCAAAAGUGAGCUGGUGUUGUGAAUUGGGCAGUUAAUUGUCAGUCUUUUGUGUCAAUUGCAACUUGUGGCCUUAAGAUUCCUGCAGGCCUGAUGUGAAGUUUAGGGCAUCAAGAUUAUCUGAUACAUGUAGCAAAUUUGAUUUAUGGUGACAGUUUUAACCUAAGCUGAUAAUUUUCUCAGUAUUAUUUCCUGUAGGGGCUCUGGAGACCAUGGGAAUUAAGUGUCAAUCUAGGGCAAUUAAAAAUAAACCUGAAAUCAAUUUUGAUCUGUGACAUUCCCAUAAAUUAAAAGUUUUUUGCUGGCCACGGAGCUUCUAGAACUGCCUAAAAAGGCCUCAUAUACAGAUGGUAUUAAACAGCAAUGUCAUGAUCAAAUGACAAGUACAUGUACAGUAUGUCAGAAAUCCAUUUGGAAUGGAAUGUAAUAAUCUUAUUUAUGACUUGCACCAGUUUUUAACCCUCCCCCCUUACACUCAAAUGUCUAUUUACUCAAGGGUCAAGGUUUGGUGGGGCUCUGGUCUGCAUGGGAAACCAUGGUAACAAAUUCACUUUGUAAAGCACUGUAUAUAUAUUAUCCUGUAGAUGCAUGGGUACUACCAACUUUGAACUUCACCAUACACUGUUAAUACACUGUACAAGUAACGUUCUAUUGCCGUGAUACCUGCAGUUCCUUCAUGCCUAUGAAGUCUCACUUUUAGUAAUAAGCUCUGGAUGUGAUGGAGAUCCUGUGGCUUAUGUAGAAGUGAACAACAUGUAUGUGUACCUUGGCAAAAUACUACAUUGUAAUAAAAAAUACCCACCUACAUGUACUGUACCGGCACUGUAUUCAAUGGAUUCCUUUGACUUGUCAGAUGUUUUUUCUACUGCGUAAGAAGAAUAGUCAAGUAUCUUUUCUACAUGUGUAUCAUCACACUACCAUGGUCUGCCUUUGGUGGAUUGGUAUCAAAUGGGUGGCUGGUGGACAAUGUAAGUACAACAAGAUUUAAUUUAAUGAUAGGGAAUUUAAGGCCAACCCUCAGCUUUGAAGGGGUGCAUAAAUAGGUUCCUAAGUGAAUUAAGUCUUCUUGUUAUGUCAAAUCCUCUAUUUUUUACACCAACAAAUAUAGCAAAGGAAUAUUAAUAGCAAUUUAUCUGAAGUCACUUGGGGAGUGUUUUUUUCCACUUAUCCCUUCAAUAUACUGAAAGAAUCUUUGCAUGGCCUUGUGAACAGAAUAGUAGGAGCACUUCUGAAUAAGUGCUAUCAAUGAUGGCAAAAAGCUUGAUAUAUUACUGUAAAUUUGCCUCGUGAACGGAACCCGAUUCCGGGAAAUUUUUGCUUGUGGAAUCCAGAAUCCAGAAAUUUUUUUUCUUGUGGAAUCCAGAAUCCUGGGCUUUGGAAACCAGAAUGCAGCUCAAGGAAUCAGGAUUCCACUAAUUAACAUUUGGAAGCCGGAAUCCAAGUUCCACUGACAAAUUAAAGGAUCCAGAAUUUAUGGUGUGAAAUCCAGAAUCCAAGACUGUCUUGGAUUCCCUUACAUGGGGUGAAUGACAUGUAACUGUUAAGUCUGUCGUAUCCACAGCAUUUUUAAGUGCAAUGAUUAACUCCUUGGUUCAUGUCAUCAUGUACACUUACUAUGGGAUGUCAGCUGUGCCAAGUUUACGCAAGUACCUAUGGUGGAAAAGACAUCUCACCCAGUUUCAGUUGGUAAGUUGUUUCUCCUUCUUUGCCUGAUAAAAGUAUUAUCGUGGAGAGUGGUUUCAGUUUGUUAAACAAUUAUCAGACUGCGACAAUUUAUUCCCCUGUGAUACUUCCUGCACCUAGUAUAAUUUGAUCGCGUUACAUUUUUUUCAAAGCAGCUGAAUAGUUUGAUUAAAAAAGAAGCUUUCCUACACAGCUAUAUAUAUACAGUCCAAAGUCAUUUUUUGAUCUUAAUUUUUACCAUUAUGUAAUUUUAACUAACCACUGGAAAUAAGAAGCUCUUUCUAUACAGCUUACUGAUAAUCCUAAUUCUUCUGGUUAUAAGCCACCCCCCCCCCCGUGAUAAUCACAUCUACCUUAACAAAAACACAUACAUCCAAUAUUAACCCACCCCACCCCCCAGAUAUAUAAGCCCCCCUCUAGCUCUAAUUAUAAUCCCCACUCUGAAUGCGAUUUCUUAUGACAUUUUGAAGCUUAAUGAAAAACUAGUAAUUGUUAAACGUAUUUUUAUCAGCACUGAUAUGUACAGUGGCUUGUUUCAAAGCCCUGUUUAUUUUCUGGUUGUAUGCGGUGUAUGCCCUACGUUCAUAUAACCGCUGACGAAGAUGUAUAAACCCAGGGCUUAUAAGUGACAGUUUACAGUUAUCAAAGAGUUAAAAUAAUAAAACAAACCUUUGACAUCUUUGCACAGCCUUUCCCUACAGCUGUACGUGUAUCUGUCACUCUUAGAGCGCUGGUCAGCUGGAAGUUGUAUGUCAUCCGUGAUCUUUCAUGUAUCGUAUUAGCUACUUUCUUAUGUGAGAGUCCGCUGACCAAGAAACGCUCAAAUCCACUCAACGUGUAGAGACAUGAAUAAUUCUUCAAUUAAGGUGGUUUAGGUCAGGUUUACAACAUUUAUAGUUAAUGUAGAUUGUAUUUGUUUUGAAGAAGGUAAAGAAAAAACUAUUUUGCAAGUUAGAGUGAUUCCCUCCGUAUUCACAGUGGAGUCAUCUUGAAAAAUUUGGCGUAUUUGCGAACCCUGGCCCUGAUCAUGUUCUUAUGAAUUUUUGUAAUUGAUUUGUUAUCAUCCCUUGCAGAUACAGUUUUGCAUUCUUCUCUGUCAUGGUGUUGUUUCACUUUACGUCAAGUGUGAUUACCCCCUGUGGAUGCAAUGUUCCCUGGUUCUCUAUAUGGUAUCUUUCCUCGUCCUGUUUUCAAAUUUCUACAUUCAUUCUUAUCUUGCCCAGAGGCACAGGAAACAUGAACGUCAGGUGGUUGAGUACGAAAACAACAAGCAAAACAGAGAAGCUGUAGCAAAUGGAGAUAUUGUGGCAAAUGGAGUGCCUAGUCCAUAUCUUAAAGAAGGCAAAAAGCACAACUGACGUACUCAUUUUCGCUUAUUUCUUUCAAUUUUAGAGCCGUUUGGUUUCAAUAUUAUAUUUUUACCAUGCGUUUUUAAAACUCUUACAUUUAACAUCUUGGGGGGAUUUUUUAGUCAGUGGCAAACUGAAUAAGCAGACUUGAUGAGGCUGGAGAGAGAUUUUCCUCAUUUGGUCACUACUUUUUCCCCUCCCCCUCCCCCCAUCCCAUGCGACAAUCGUGACAGACUUCCCUUUCUCUUUGAAAAUGUAUAAAGACAGAAAAUUCUAGACCUGUGAUUUUUAAUUACAGAAUAACAGUGCCACGUUCGUGUGGGUAGCAGGGUAUUGUGCAAUUGUGCACCCAUGGUGACAAAGCUGACCAUGCGAUUACGCUUGAGGAGGCUAUGUCACAAUAUUUGCUAUCUUUGUCACUAUUCCGCUUAAGAUACGCAUGCAAAAGUCACGCAGCUAAAUAACGCAUGCAGGUAAAUAAAACGCCAACGACAACAUGGCGUAAUAAGG